UGAGGGAUCGUCUGAUAGGGAACAAUAACAUAGUGAUGAUUCAGAGGAACUACAACUGGCGCCGGUGACAGGCUCUACCGAGCUGAACUGGUAAUGAGUCAAGUCAACAAGCAUUUAUUAAGCGCCUACUAAUGUACCAGGCACUGUGUUAGGCGCGGGGCACAAAAAUGGGCAAUAAACGUGUCCAGAUGACCGACUGUAUGCUCUCUUCGCUGCUCACUCAUGAAGCCAUCUGGUCUCCUAGGGUCCCUUCUCUACACCAGCGUUCCUCUCUGAGACAUGAAUCACUUUGACUCUCAGCUGACGUCUUUUUUUACAAGCGGUUCCCUCGGAAUCCCACCGUGACUUUGGGCCAGUUAGAGCAGGGGGUGAGGGUGAAGAAAUCAUGCCCCGGCUCUUCAGUCCCCGGCCUCCCCCCAGCGAAGAUCUCUUCUACGAGACUUAUUACAGCCUGAGCCAGCAGUACCCGCUGUUGCUACUACUGCUAGUCAUCGUGCUUUCUACACUUCUGGCUCUGCUUACGGUCACAUGGGCCAGCGGUCGGGCGCUGGGCUCAGACCCAGCCUUCCUAGCUGGAGUGCUCUGCGCACUAGGGGGCUUUGCGCUCCUGCUCUGCUUGGCUUCCCGGGAGCAGAGACUGCAGCGUUGGACCCGCCCGGUAUCAGGGCUCGUGUGGGCCGCCCUACUGGCCCUGGGCCACAGUUUCCUGUUCACUGGCGGUGUGGUCAGCGCCUGGGACCAGGUGUCCUUUUUCCUCUUCAUCAUCUUUACGGUGUACACCAUGCUGCCUCUGGGUAUGCGGGACGCAGCUGUGGCCGGCUUUGCCUCUUCUCUGUCCCACCUUCUGGUCCUUGGGCUGUACCUUGGGCCACAGCCUGUCUCGCGGCCCCCGCUUCUCCCUCAGCUGGCUGCCAACGCGGUCCUGUUCUUAUGCGGGAAUGCGGCAGGAGCCUAUCACAAAGCGCUAAUGGAGCGCGCACUUCGGGCCACAUUCCGAGAGGCUCUGAGCUCCCUGCACUCUAGGAGGCGAUUGGAUUCUGAGAAGAGACACCAGGAACAUCUCUUGCUGUCCAUAUUGCCGGCUUACUUGGCCAGAGAAAUGAAGGCCGAGAUCAUGGCUCGGCUUCAGGCUGGGCAAGGCCCCCGACCUGAAGGCACCAACAACUUUCACAGUUUGUACGUGAAGAGGCACCAGGGGGUCAGCGUGCUGUAUGCUGACAUUGUUGGCUUCACUCGACUGGCCAGCGAAUGCUCUCCCAAGGAACUGGUGCUAAUGCUAAACGAACUCUUUGGCAAAUUCGAUCAGAUCGCCAAGGAGCACGAGUGCAUGCGGAUUAAGAUUCUGGGAGACUGUUACUAUUGUGUGUCUGGUUUGCCACUCUCUCUACCGGACCACGCACUCAACUGUGUGCGCAUGGGGCUGGACAUGUGCCGUGCCAUCCGGAAGCUGCGGGCAGCCACUGGAGUGGAUAUCAACAUGCGGGUGGGCGUGCACUCGGGCAGCGUGCUCUGCGGUGUCAUCGGACUUCAGAAGUGGCAAUAUGACGUCUGGUCCCAUGAUGUCACCCUGGCCAACCACAUGGAGGCAGGAGGAGUGCCUGGUCGAGUGCACAUCACAGGGGCAACCUUGGCCCUGUUGGGAGGGGCUUAUGCUGUGGAAGAUGCAGCCCCGGGGCAUCGGGACCCUUAUCUUCGGGAGCUUGGGGAGCCCACUUACCUGGUCAUUGACCCAAGGGCAGAAGAGGAAGAAGAAGAGGAAGUAACUGCAGGAGGCCCAUUGUCUCCUCCUGAAGGACCCAAAAUGCGUCCAUCACUUCUGAUGACCCGAUACUUGGAGUCCUGGGGUGCAGCGAAGCCUUUUGCCCAUCUCAGCCACCCAGACAGCCCUGUGCCCGUUUCACCCCCUCUUCCGGAAAAUGCCUUGGCCUCCCUGGGCCCUCAGAGGAGCCUGGAUCGGACCAGAACUCCUAGAGGACUUGAGGAUGAACUGGACACUGGGGAUGAGAAAUUCUUUCAAGUCAUCGAGCAGCUUAAUUCCCAGAAACAGUGGAAACGAUCCAAGGACUUCAGCCCAUUCACCUUGUACUUUCGAGAGAAAGAGAUGGAGAAGGAGUAUCGGCUCUCAGCUCUCCCUGCCUUCAAGUAUUACGCAGCUUGUACCUUUCUGGUUUUCCUCUCCAAUUUCACCAUUCAGAUGCUGGUGGCCAACAGGCCCCCAGCUCUGACUGUCACUUAUGGCAUCAUCUUCAUCCUCUUUUGCCUUCUCCUCUUCAUCUGCUUCUCAGAACACAUGACGAGAUGUGUCCUGAAAGGUCCCAAGUUUCUGCACUGGCUUCCAGCUCUCUCAGGAACAGUAGCCACAAGACCCGGUCUUCGAGUUGCCCUCGGCACCACCACCAUCCUUAUUGUCCUCACCAUGGCUAUUGUCAACCUGUUCUUUCAGCCAGUGUCCGACUGCUCCUUCCCAGCCCACAAUUCCUCUGCUGCUGCUCUCAAUAGCUCCUGGGAAAUCUCUGGUUCCUUGCCUCUCAUCAGCAUCCCGUACUCCAUGCAUUGCUGUGUGCUGGGUUUCCUCUCCUGCUCCCUCUUUCUGCAUAUGAACUUCGAACUGAAGCUGCUGCUGCUACUGCUCUGGUUGCUGGCCUCCUGCAGCCUCUUCUUGCAUUCCCAUGCCUGGCUAUCUGACUGCCUCGUUGCCCACCUCUACCCGACUCACAAUGCUCAAAGGCCUGGGGUGCUAAAGGAGCCCAAACUGAUGGGUGCCAUCUCCUUCUUCGUCUUUUUUUUCACCCUUCUGGCUCUGGCUCGACAGAAUGAGUAUUAUUGCCGAUUGGAUUUCCUGUGGAAAAAAAAGCUUCGUCAAGAGCGAGAGGAGACAGAGACAAUGGAGAACCUGACUCGACUGCUGCUGGAAAAUGUGUUGCCUGCACAUGUUGCCCCCCAGUUCAUUGGUCAGAACCGGCGAAAUGAGGACCUCUACCACCAAUCCUAUGAGUGUGUCUGUGUCCUCUUUGCUUCUGUCCCUGACUUCAAGGAAUUUUACUCUGAGUCCAACAUUAACCGCGAGGGGCUAGAAUGUCUUCGGCUGCUGAAUGAGAUCAUUGCAGAUUUUGAUGAGCUACUCUCUAAACCCAAGUUCAGCGGUGUGGAAAAGAUCAAAACUAUUGGCAGCACAUAUAUGGCAGCUACAGGGUUAAAUGCCACCUCUGGACAGGACACCCAGCAGGACUCUGAACGAAGUUGCAGCCACCUGGGCACUAUGGUGGAGUUUGCAGUGGCACUGGGGGCCAAGCUGGACAUCAUCAACAAGCACUCAUUCAACAACUUCCGUCUGCGUGUGGGGUUGAAUCAUGGGCCAGUCGUGGCUGGGGUAAUUGGAGCACAGAAACCACAGUAUGAUAUCUGGGGCAACACUGUGAAUGUGGCUAGCAGAAUGGAGAGCACAGGGGUUUUGGGCAAGAUCCAGGUAACUGAGGAAACAGCCCGGGUCCUACAGUCUUUGGGCUAUACCUGCUAUAGUCGAGGAGUAAUCAAGGUUAAAGGCAAAGGACAGCUCCGCACCUACUUCCUAUCCACAGAAUCGGCACGGAUUGGGCCCAAUACUUAGCUGAAAUAUUUCCACUCCCCUCUGUCCUUUCUUCUCUAAAAUACUAAAUAAAACAACACUGCCUCAUCUGGAGUAACUAGCACUGAUUGCUGCUUUCUGACAUCACCCCAUUCAUCAUUCUGUCUCUGAACAAAUGGGGGUUCCUUCCCAAAGACAGAUAAUAGAGUUGGGGGAUGGAGUGGUGGUGGAAUUCCCAGCUUCUGAAAAAGAGAGCCAAAGUAUCCUUCCCUCACCCAUUCCAACUUGCCUCAUUUAGUAUCUUAGGAAGGAGAAGGCCUUUAUUUGGAGGCAUAUUGCCUUCUUCAGUUCAGAUAAGCAGGAAAGUCCCUUUGUGGCUUUGUUUUCUGACUUCAGGCAUUUGGCCCUAUGGCAGAUGCUUCCUCUCUACUUUCCUACCAA